UAGCACCUCCUCUGUGCUUCAUUUAUCAACUUUUCAGUUUGACUUUCGACUUUUCGCUUAAACCCACAAGCACAAAGGAGAGACAAAGCGUGGAGAGAGCAACAGAUACUCCAUUAAUGGCUGCCAAACUCUAUAUCGUUUACUAUUCAACGUAUGGACAUGUUGAAAAGCUUGCUCAAGAGAUAAAGAAAGGAGCUGAAUCUGUGGAAGGGGUAGAAGUGAAACUAUGGCAGGUACCUGAAACACUCCCUGAGGAUGUUCUUGGGCUGAUGGGGGCACCGCCUAAGAGUGAUGUACCAGUUAUUACACCUGCUGAACUUUCUGAGGCCGAUGGGUUUAUCUUUGGUUUCCCCACUAGAUUUGGAAUGAUGGCUGGUCAAUUUAAAGCAUUCUUGGAUGCAACUGGAGCGCUAUGGAGAACACAGCAGCUUGCAGGCAAGCCUGCAGGCCUUUUCUAUAGCACUGGGUCUCAAGGAGGUGGACAAGAGACUACUCCUUUGACAGCCAUCACCCAGCUUGUUCACCAUGGCAUGAUCUUUGUUCCCAUUGGAUAUACAUUUGGAGCUGGCAUGUUUGAGAUGGAGCAGGUGAAGGGUGGUUCCCCCUAUGGUGCAGGAACUUACGCUGGGGACGGCUCAAGACAGCCUACUGAGAUAGAGUUGGCGCAAGCUUUUCACCAGGGGAUGUACACUGCUGGCAUCACCAAGAAGCUCAAAGGAACUGCAUGAUUUCGUCUCACCAUUCAACUGCAUCUUCGUCUACCACACUGCAUUUAUUUUGUUUUAGUGUUUCAGUCCCCAAACUUUCAUUUUCUCGCAAUAAUAAUAUGCACUUUGGCGUGUUAAAAUGAAGACAUCUCCAAUGUAGAACUCACCAAGUUUCUACAAUACAGUGGCUUCUAUUAAUGAUAAGGUUUGCACACUCUUAUAUCUAGUUCUCUCGAUUUGCUUGGUUUGUUGGUUAGGAAUAAGGCGUCACAGAAGUGUCUAGUUUGAGUCUAUCCACAAGGCUUGUUCUGUUGCUAUGCAGUUUGUUUGCACUCUGUUUUUCAAGCAGGGGAACUGGCAAUGGACUAAUUGAGACCCAGAUUUCCAAUUUCA